AUGAGUGCCUAUUUUGUUGGUGCCCUCAUCCCUCUUCUAGUGACUUUUUUCUUUCGAAAUUCCAAGAAUGUGAAAAAACGAGGGGUGCCUGUUGAUGUUGGUGGGGAACCUGGGUAUGCUAUUCGAAAUUAUAGGUUUGAGUCUCCUGUAAGUUCAGCUUGGGAUGGCAUUUCCACUCUUGCAGAACUUUUUGAGCAGUCUUGCAGGCAAUACAGAUAUAAAAUCUUGCUUGGAACUAGGAAGUUGAUUUCAAGGGAAAUUGAAGUAACUGAGGAUGGAAAAUCCUUCGAGAAGCUUCAUUUGGGAGACUAUGAGUGGUUAACUUAUGGGAGAGCAUUUGAAUCUGUAUGCAACUUUGCUUCUGGCUUAGUUCAACUUGGUCAUAAAAGGGAGGAACGUGUGGCCAUCUUUGCAGAUACAAGAGAAGAAUGGUUUAUUGCAUUGCAGGGUUGUUUUAGGCGCAAUGUCACAGUGGUGACUAUCUAUGCGUCUCUGGGGGAAGAGGCCCUUUGUCACUCAUUAAAUGAGACAGAAGUUACAACUGUGAUUUGUGGGAGCAAAGAACUGAAAAAACUUGCAGACAUAAGGGGACAACUUGACACAGUCAAACGGGUGAUAUGUAUGGAUGAUGAGAUUCCAUCUAAUGGGCAGAGCGGCAGCUGGAUGAUCACUUUGUUCUCUGAUGUUGAGAAACUUGGCCGAGAAAAUCCUGUUUAUCCUGAUUUACCUCUUUCAGCUGAUAUUGCAGUCAUAAUGUACACAAGUGGGAGUACUGGAUUGCCCAAGGGGGUAAUGAUGACACAUGCCAAUGUGCUAGCUGUAGUUUCUGCUGUCAUGACAAUCGUUCCUGGCCUUGGAAGCAAGGAUGUUUACAUGGCAUACUUACCCCUGGCGCACAUCCUUGAAUUAGCAGCUGAGAAUGUAAUCGCUGCUGUUGGAAGUGCUAUAGGAUAUGGUUCCCCUUUGACUCUUACUGACACAUCAAACAAGAUAAAGAAAGGAACAAAAGGGGAUGCCACAGUCUUGAGGCCAACAGUGAUGACAGCUGUUCCAGCAAUUCUUGAUCGUGUAAGAGAUGGUGUGCGGAAGAAGGUAGAUGCAAAAGGUGGGUUAUCAAAGAAAUUGUUUGACUUGGCAUAUGCUCGUCGACUGUCUGCAAUUAACGGGAGUUGGUUUGGAGCUUGGGGCUUGGAAAAGCUUCUUUGGAACUUUCUUGUGUUCAGAAAGGUUCGAGCAAUUUUGGGAGGUCGCAUCCGGUUUUUGCUUUCUGGUGGUGCUCCUCUUUCUGGUGAUACUCAAAGAUUCAUCAAUAUUUGUCUUGGUGCUCCAAUAGGUCAAGGAUAUGGUCUCACUGAAACUUGUGCUGGUGGGACCUUCUCUGAGUUUGAUGAUACAUCUGUUGGUCGUGUUGGUGCACCACUUCCUUGCUCAUUCAUUAAGUUAGUAGAUUGGGCAGAGGGUGGAUAUUUAGUUAGUGAUUCUCCAUUUCCUCGUGGAGAAAUAGUUAUUGGUGGUCCAAAUGUUACACUCGGAUAUUUCAAGAAUGAAGAGAAAACAAAAGAAGUUUACAAGGUUGAUGAGAAGGGAAUGAGAUGGUUCUAUUCAGGUGACAUAGGGCAGUUUCAUGCUGAUGGCUGCCUUGAGAUAAUUGACCGUAAAAAGGACAUAGUUAAACUUCAGCAUGGAGAAUAUGUUUCCCUUGGAAAGGUUGAGGCUGCUCUCAUUGUGAGUCCGUAUGUUGAAAAUAUUAUGUUGCAUGCUGAUCCAUUUCACAGUUACUGUGUGGCUCUUGUGGUGGCUUCCCAGCCUGCUUUGGAAGAUUGGGUUUCAAAGAAAGGAAUUGUUUAUUCUGAUUUUGAAAAUUUGUGUCAAAAAGAAGAAACUGUGAAGGAAGUCCUUGCAUCGCUUGUUAAGGUGGGCAAAAAAUCGCGCUUGGAGAAGUUUGAGAUCCCUGCAAAGAUCAAGUUGCUUUCUACUCCAUGGACUCCUGAAUCUGGUUUAGUCACUGCAGCGCUGAAGCUGAAAAGAGAAGUCAUCAGGAAGACAUUCUCUGAAGACCUUGCUAAUCUAUAUUCAUCAUAAAUUUUGGUAGCAAACAAGCUGUAUGAAGAAACCAUAUACAAGCUCCCCAAAAACUGGAUCUCUGUUCUGGUUGGUGCUUGUACCACUGUCAAUCCACUUUUUUUCAGUCUACACAUAUCAAUAUUGGAUCCAACAGGAGUCGAUUUUCUUUUUCCUUUUUUUUUUUUUUUGGAGAAACAACAGGAGUCAAUUUUCAGAGUAUAGAAGAGUCAAUAGUACUUUUAUAAUAUAAUAUAUAUAUUUACAUAUAUAAAUAAAGGAAAAAGAUAAGCAAGGGGUGAGUUGGUUGAGAGAAAGUUAAGAGGAAGAUUAAAAUAAGUGGUGGUGAAGGAAAAGGAGGAGACCCACAAUUGCCCAUAACCAAACUUUGGUGGGUGAUGUGAACUUGACUUUAAGCUAACCAUUAUGGAAACAGCCACCCCUUCUCCCCAUGUGACUAUUAGCUUCUUUGUUUCUGUCACUUUUUUAAGCCUUUUAGUAUGUUUCAUCCCUA